ACCCCUCCUUGUGCAUGUACAUUAUGAAGGGGAGGGAGUUUACAUUGCUCCGUUCAACCUAGCUGCGAAUGAGAAGUCUAUCUCUGUGACUUUCAGGUGAAUUCUGGGUUCAAGACCUAGCUCGUGUUAUCACCAGACAUGAUGGUUGGGAUUUGUUACACCAGAGUCUGUUUCAUUCCCGCUAUUAUCUGUCUUCUUUGGACUGGUUCCGUUAACAGUGAAGAUGCUACACAUCGUCAGGUUGAUAAGAUUGACGUAAGAAGUGCAUCGAGAUCGCUUAUCGACUGGCGACAUCGAGUACGACGGGCAUCGUUGACCAGCGUUUGGUCAUCGUGGAGUGGAUGGUCAGCGUGUUCGAGAACGUGUGGCGGUGGAGCGCAGUUUAAGACUAGACAUUGUAUGAGUAGGAUCCCGAUGAGGUAUAUGACAGGAGCUCUGACCUGCCCAGGAGACAGGAGAGAGUAUCGGACGUGUAACAUAAAGGACUGUCCCCACCAUCAUCUUGACUACAGAUCGGCUCAAUGUGCUGUAUUCAACCAACGUGAUAUUCAAGGGAAUAUAAUCAGAGAAUGGCUGCCAGUAUACAAUUCUCAAGAGGAAUGUGAGUUAGUAUGUCAUACAUCCGAUGGAGCAUAUAUGUAUACAUUUGGAAGAGUACUGGAUGGAACGCGUUGCCGAUUUGAGGAUCGGGAUAUGUGUAUCAAUGGAAAAUGUAAUAAAGUUGGAUGUGACGGAGUAUUGUAUUCCAAUCUGACCAAGGAUUCAUGUGGUGUAUGUGGAGGGCUCAACGAGACAUGUGGAUACGUUAGGAAUGUAUAUACAGAUGAAUAUCCAGUAAAAGGUUAUUACAGGUAUAGUAAGAUUGGUUCAAUACCAGCUGGAGCUACCAACAUCAGGAUCAACGAUAAAAGUGGACUCAAUUAUAUAGCCAUAAAGGACGAGUCCAAUAAUUUCAUUUUGAAUGGUGAUUGGACCAUAAGCUGGCCUGGUAGCUAUGAAGCAGCUGGUACAUCUAUAUUCUAUGAUAGAAAGAAUGAUGGAUUGGAAAACGUGAUAGCUGAUGGACCUCUUAAUAGUUCACUAAAUCUUAUGAUCAUAUUUCGGGAGCGCAACCCAGGUGUGGAGUAUGAGUAUUGGCUCCCACCCAAGACUACAGAUAAUGAAGUACAUAGUAUCAACUAUAACAAUGAGAUACAGAUGCUUCCAUUCUUACCAGAAGUAAAAGGAACACCAGAAAAGAAGAAAUUUGGUACAAUAGAAUCAACAAAUAAGAAGCAACUCCCUGAACAUGAAGAAUCCGUUUCGCCCGCCUCAUCGCCAGCAGACAAUGAGAAAAGACCGGCAUUAAAGAGUUCUGAUAAAAAGAGUAAAAGGAAGAACAAAAACAACAAUACUCGAAAAGAGAAAUGCGGUAAAUGCAAAAGGGUGAAAGGUCGAGCGGUGCACUUUUGUAAAGGUUCCUAUGCAAUCUUAUUUGAAGUCGUCGGCCAGGCAACCAUCGAUGGCGAAACACGAUACGACGUCGCUAUCGAGGAGAGCUUCAAAAACAGGAUGCAACUUAACCAUCGCGAGUACUUAUGGGUUACCAACUCAUGCCCCUGCCCUAAGCUUCGAACAGGUGGUCGAUAUAUCACAACCGGUGAUCGAGUCACAGACUUAGAGUCAGGCGAGAGCAGAUUAACUUUAGAGCGGGAAAACUUGGUUGUCAAGUACAAACCAGGAUUGAGAGAAUCUUGGAAUCGAUUGCAGAGGAAAGAAGAAUCCAUUUGCUCUAAAUAUCUCUGAAAAUUUGGAAUAAAACUGUUACAUGCUGCUUUGAUUUGAUUGAAAAAUUUGUACUUCUUGUUGACGUGCUUUAACCGAACAUGGAGAGACUACCCAUUUGAUGUGCCCCUUCCAAACAACUAAAAUGGCUUUUCUCUUCUUUUAUGCAAUGUGUAUUUAUAAUUAGCCUUUAUACCAUGAGGUAGAUCAAUACAUAAGGCUUACCAUUGUAGGAAAUACCUUUUAAAAUAGAGGCACGUGCUACAAGUAAUAUUGUGAAUUCAUUACCAACCUGUGUUAAAAGCAUAAAAGCACAAGGUUAUGAAAUUCCAAAAGCUUCUUGAACAGAUGAAAAUUGGUGCUAAAAUCCCAGGAUGGUCUCAAAUCAUUAUUAUUUUGAAAUGAAUUUGCUGAUUUUUUUAAAUAUCCAAAUAGUAGGCAGUUUCAAAUAAUAGAUUGAUAUUUUUGAGAAACCUGAGCUGAACUCAUAUGUUCACAUGAAAAAAAUCAGGAAACUCUCAUUAGGGAGACAGACAUAAGGAAAUGGCAACAAUAUUGGAAAAAAUAUGCAUGGAUAAUCUUCUGAAUUGAUGAUAUUAAAUAAAUCAAGCAGUUUUUAAUAUCAUUGAAAACACAAAGAAUGGAAAUUAAACAAAUUACCUUAAGUUUAAAUUCUGUAUUUAAUAAAUCACCUGAUUAUAAUAAUCAUCAUAAUGCGUAGAUAAAUAAUUGCCAUACAUAAAAUAUAAAAAUUUCCAUCACCAUACACUUGUGCAACUUGCGUGAAGUACUAUAAUUCUCAGACAAAUAUGUAAUAAUUGUUACAUAAUUCACCUCCAAAAUAUGAAAUAUAAAUUAUGCAACAUGAUGGAUUUGUAGCUUUGUUUUUGAAGAAAAAAAUUGUUUGUAUGGGAAAAAUAUAUAUAAAAAAGCAAAUCAAGAGAUUUAUCUUUUAAAGGACAAGUACACCCCAACAAAAAGUUGAUUUGAAUAAAAAGAGAAAAAUCCAACAAGCAUAACACUGAAAGUUUCAUCAAAAUCGGAUGUAAAAUAAGAAAGUUAUGACAUUUUAAAGUUUCGCUUAAUUUCACAAAACAGUUAUAUGCACAUCCUGGCUGGUAUGCAAAUGAGGAGACUAUGACGUCAUCCACUCACUAUUUCUUUUGUAUUUUAUCACAUGAAAUAUGAAAUAUUCUAAUUUUCUCCUCUUUGUCAAGUGAUACAACGAUUAAUUCCUCGCUGAACAUGUGGAAUUAGCAUUGUUUAAUACUAUAUGGUUCAGGCAAGUUGGUCCUUAUUGUCAAAUCUAUAAAAAAUGAAAUAUUGUAUAAUUCAAACAAUAAAAAACAAAAGAAAUAGUGAGUGAUGGACAUCAUCGACUGACUCAUCUAAUUGUGCAUACCACUGUUUUGUGAAAAAUAAGCGAAACUUUAAAAUGUCACAACUUUCUUAUUUUACAUCCGAUUUUAAUGAAAUUUUUAGCACUAUGCUAGUUUCAUUUUGUUCUAUUUAUUCAAGUCAGCAUUUUCCUGGGGUGGACUUGACCUUUAAAAGAUUAUAAAUUUACAUCAUGAAUUCAUUAAAAUAUCUGAUAAUCAUGAAUAAGUACAGUGCACAAUAAUCAAAUGCCAACACGAGAGCACUUGGGGAUAAUGCAGAGCUCAACACAAAGAUCAUAAAUCAGUUGCAAGUUUCAAAUGGCAAUUCUGAACAGCUAAUAAUUGGAAUGUUGACAAAAGGUCAAGUCCACCCCAGAAAAAUGUUGUUUUGAAUAAAUAAAGAAAAAUCAAACAAACACAACGCUGAAAAUUUCAUCAAAAUCGGAUGUAAAAUAAAAAAGUUAUGGCAUUUUAAAGUUUCUCUCAUUUUUCACAAAAAUCCCCCAGUUAUAUGCACAUCUCAGUGACAUGCAAAUGGUCAGUCGAUGAUGUCCAUCACUCACUAUUUCUUUUGUUUUUUAUUGUUUGAAUAAAACAAUAUUUCAUUUUUUACAGAUUUGACAAUAAGGACCAACUUCACUGAACCAUAUAGUAUUAAACAAUGCUAAUUCCACAUGUACAGGGAGGAAUUAAUCGUUGUCUCCCUUGCCAAUGAGGAGAAAAUUAGAAUAUUUCAUAUAUCAUACAAUAAAAUUCAAAAGAAAUAGUGAGUGGAUGAUGUCAUCGGUCUCCUAAUUUGCAUACUGACCAGGAUAUGCAUAUAACUGUUUUGUGAAAUUAAGCGAAACUUUAAAAUGUCAUAACUUUCUUAUUUGACAUCCGAUUUUGAUGAAAUUUUCAGUGUUAUGCUUGUUGGAUUUUUCUCUUUUUAUUUAAAUCAACUUUUUGUUGGGGUGGACUUGUCCUUUAAGCCCAUGCAAUAAUGGUCUUGACUUAGUCUGCACGCUCAGACUCAAAUUCGACACUUUAACCAAUUAUACCAUGUUUAUAAUGAAGACUCCCUGUCUGUGGUAGAGGCAGCUACAGCACAAAGUGAAUCUAGUCUCACUAUUUCAGACUCUGCAUUAUACACUCAGCGAAUAGAAAAAACCUAAGGUCUGUGCCUGCAGACUAAUGUUGACUGGCCAUGUCACUGACCACCUUCUAAUCAAUUGGGAAUCGUGUUUCGGGGCCAGAUGUGUUCAAAAUGACUAAUAACCUUGCUACUUUGAGUAUUUUGAGCUGUGUUCCUGAAAGCCUAAAACACGACACAUUGGAUAAAGCCGUAAUUCAUUAGUUCAUGGUGACAUAUCAAGCAUCAUGAAUCUAAAAAAAACCCACAUCAUCACAACCUUUACUAAAUGCAAAAGCUCACUUAAAAUGGUGACGCAUGGAUAAUACAGGGACAAUUUUGUCCAUACCUCAAAAUAAAGCAUUCGACUUCCACUGUAAAACGCAAUUAUAAUACCUGUAUGUUGUAAGGAUAUGUGCCUAUUGUUUAUAACUUUUGACUUGUAUAUAAGAGGUGUACAGAUUUCUAUACUUGUUAUUUUGUAUUACAGUUUUGUGAAUUGUACAUAUGUUUUCAAUAAAAUAUCAGAAUU